UUAAGGACGCGGUGGAAUGUGAUGGUUUGAUCUCAGACGGGCCAGGGAGGGGAAUAUCCGAGAGGAAAGGACGGACGAAAGUGAUUUAGGGGAAGGGAGAAACCAGAAACGCGGCCCCCCCCCCCCUCCUGUCGCCACCAACUCUGGUUGUAUGUGAAAAUAUGUGGAUGAACUUGUCCUCGUCGUGUCGGCAGCAGCGAGUCUAACCGUCUGCAUGAACUCAAACCGUGUGAAGUUGUGGAUUUACCGUCGCGUUUUUCUGACCUGGCGGUGGACCAGCUAAGGAUGGAGACUCUGGGACAAGGAGCUUAAUGUGACAGAUAAAAGGGAUGUAUCUAGAAUAUGACAGAUUCGCCUACUAAACACCACUCUGAGGGAAUUUCAAAGUCUUAAAGUGACAGUCAAACAAAACAAGACAGACGGCCAAGAGAAGAAGAACCUAAGGGACUUGAUAUCACUGCCACACACAUGUGGACCUGUUAUCAUCAAGUAAUUUGAACAACGAAACAAACACAACAGAUAUAACACAAAGAAUUUUGUAGUCAUGUCUGACCAUAAAGACAUGACACAUCGCCACCUGCGGCACAAGCUACAGAGUCUUGGGCGAAAACUGGAUGAACUGGAAGAAGCAACCACCAAGCUGCAGAAGUCUGAGGAUGAGCUACUAGACCUGCAGGACAAAAUCAUCCAGGCAGAAGGCAGCAACUCAUCCCUGCUAGGUGAUGUGGAGGUCCUCAGGAAAUGUCUCCUAAAGAUCCAGGGUAAGGAUGAGGAGGUACGCAAAGCUGAGGACCUCUGCCGCACAGUCAGAGAGAAACUAGAAGAGGAGGAAAGCCUUACAAAGGCGCUAAAGACAGAGAUUGAACGUCUACAACAGAGGAUGGCCGAACUGGAGAAACUGGAAGAAGCUUUUGGGAAAAGCAAGUCUGACUGCAGCCAGCUCUGCCUAAGCCUCAAUGAAGAGAAGAACUUGACCAAGAAGCUCUCGUCUGAGUUGGAGGCCCUCAAAGCACGUCUGAAGGAGGUGGAGGGGUCUGAGACAAAACUGGAAAGAGCAGAGCAGGCCUUGGCCAUGGAGCUUGAGAAACUCAAAGGAUUCACCCAUACCUUUAUGAGUGAGCGUAAGAGGCUACUAGAGAAACAGAGAGAGGACGAGAAGAUCAUUCUAAAGCUUACAGAAAAAUUGGAGCAGCAAAAGAACCGCCUUGGCAUGUCGGCAGACCCUGGUCAUACAGAUUUCAUAAGGUCACGAAUUGAGGAUGAGCUUUCAACCACUGGGCUCCUCACGAGUAAACUGGCGGUACGUAAGAAGAGUCUUGACUACUUGAAGAUGGCCGAUGACAUUGGUCUUGUGAACAAAUCUGAGAAUGAGAAGAACAGCGGUCUUGAGGGCUCACAAGAGGAGGACAACAAAGUAAAGGAGUUGACACAGGAAGUAGAAAGGCUGAAGAACCGCCUGAAACAGCUGGAGAUAGUGGAGGAGGAUCUAAAGAGCUCAGAGUCCAAAAAUGGCGAACUUCAUGAGAAGUUCCAGAUGGAACGAAACCGGACCCGCCAACUGAGCGAGCAGGUGGAACAGCUAAGGACGCAGCUGUGCGGAAAAGGUGGGAUUGGAAGAAAUGGAACCAGUAAUGUGGAUAAACAUGGCAAUGGAAGCACCAACAUUGGCCCCAACAUUCCAGCUAAGGUCCUGGAGAAUGGCAAAGCUGAUAAUGAAGAGAUUAUUGUGAAGGGAGGUUUCAGACAAGAGAAGCCCAAAUAUAGGAGUGCUGCAACUGUCUCCGAACCGAGUUCCCCCAAACACAGGAAUAGGGAGCUCUCUCCUCAGCAUAAGAGAGAGACCAAGCUGAGGAGCAAAGAGGCGAGCCACUCCGAGGAGAGCUCUCCUAAGUCUGUGAGGAGAGCCCUCAGUCCUGCACACAAGAGUAGAAGGACACCCAAAACCCCAUCUACUACGAUUUCAUCUGAUAACGGAAUAAGAGACACAGGACGAGGAACUGAUGAAAAGACAAGAGGAGCCGCUCUCUGCUCUGUAAACACAUCUUCUGGUGAUAUUAAAAAAGCGUCUGUUCUUAGUCGCUACCCUCCAGCAGCUAAUGACCAGAAGCCACUGAGAACAGCUCACAGACAGACAGAUGGGGAGACUAAAAAGAGCAGAGUAGAAAAGUUUUCAAAAUUGUACAUUGGUAGUGAUAGCGAAUCAAACAACUCUGAUGUAGUUCCUGACAGUUCCUGUAACAUCAACAGUAUCUCUGCUUUAGAGAAGGAUGCAGUGUCAGCCUCAGAUCAGGAAUCAACAGACCAGGUUCAAGAAUCCGUCUCAGUUUCUUCUGUCCCCACCUUGUCCAGAGCCAAUGGAUCCUACACAGCCUACAGAUCCAACGUCACUCCACUGCUGCCCAAUGACCAGGGAUCAGAAGGUCAUUCAUCUGCCUCUGAAACAGAAUCUACUGGUUCAAGGCCCUCUGAACCAGAGCCUGUAACUGAGACUACUACUACUACAACUCUAAGCAGUAGGACUGGAACCUCCAGAUAUUCUAGAUACUCCCAUGUCCAUGACUCGCAUUCAGAGGGUUCUUCCACCAGGAACUCGUUUGAUGAGGAGCUCCAAAACAGAACACCAUUAGCUGAGGGAGGCCACCAGGGGCCCGCGCAUAUGACAUCAGGGAUUGAGAUCCAGCGAGUGUGCAGCCCACGUGAGGCCCUGAGGUCAAAAGCUGUCAUCAAGCCUGCGAUUGUCGAGAUUGACAGGAAGGAAGUGAUGAUUUCAGAACCACUGUCUACAAAUGGCAAACCCAAAAUGUCCACCAAACCUAUUGUGACCACCACUAGUAAAAUGACCAGUAGUAUAACCAUCUACCCCAAUGACCCAAGCUCUUCCAGAACCAGCAGUCGCAGCAGCAGUGUGUCUAGUGAACACAUGCCAAUCAAGGAACGCCACACCUCCACCAGUAACAUCCUCAUAGGCCCCAGCAGUGAGCACCACGGCAGCAUCUCCGUCCCAUAUGAGAUUUCCAUUCCCAAGAGCGAGAUAGCCUUGCGGCCGUGCCAGGACCAGGACUGUGGGGAAGACGACCACAAUGAUUCCUCAUCAAGGUCCAAACUCCACAACAUUUCCAGAGUGGAGACCACCACCAGCCACCUGUCCUGCCAACGCAGCAACUUCAGCCUCCAGUCCCCGGACACCACCUCCGCAGACUUUAAUGACACCGAAUCAGGCUUUGAAAGCAGCAGCAGCAGUAGCACCACCACGGUCACCAGCUGGAGACGCCAAAGACAAAGCAACUACUCACAAGAAGACAGUUUACCAGACAUGAAGAAUGUAACUGUAAGAAGCACCUGGAAGAACCGGGGAACUGCAUCAGUGGAUGAGACAGGCAGGGGAAGAGGGGGUACACGGAUGAUGACUGAUGGUGGGUCGGAUGAUGAAGCAGAAGCCAUGACAACAUGGAGGGCUUACCGGGCAACCACCUUCGAUACAGAAGAAACGAUGAACAGCGGAACUGGAGCUGCCGGAAAUGCUGAGGUACAGAAGGGAGCUAAGCCGUCCCCUGCAGAGAUGUACAUGCGUAGGAUCAAAAGUGUGGUCAGCAACACCAGAGAAGUGGAAGAACCAGGGAUUCGCCGAGGCAAAGGCUCACAGUCUCCCACCAUGGAUGCAGGAGGCCUGGGAAGGAUCGUGCCCCACGCACCUGUUACCUCUCAGUCCUGGAGCCGAUCAUACCCACAACAACCACAGGCUGCUGAUAGCGUAGAGCCCAGUCCAAACCUGGGCCAUAGCCCAGCUUCCUGGAGGCGGCAGCUGCCCAGCAGUGACCCUCACCACCUUGGGAGCUCCUAUGAUCGGGCGCCCAAGACAGCAGGGGCCUCCACCAGAGGCGAUCUGUGGGCCAGUCGGGGUCAAGGGUCAGGGGCCAGAGCCGAGGGGAGGAGUGGAGCGGGCAGCAGACCGUGGAGCCAUCGUCACUCUGAACCAACCAAUUAGACCAACUGUGUCUGAGCAGGGCUUUGGACAGCGCUCCAUUAAGCUCUCAAUGGCACAAGGAGGGCCAGACAUCAGUCUCCUAUUAACCAGUGACUACACCAUUACCACCAUCUCCAAAAGUCAACAUCUACAGCCUGUUGCCAUAUAGAACAACAAACCACAGACAUCCUUACUCUGACUCUGAGCUUACGCUGGGACGUAAAUGGCCCUUCCUAAGCUGAACUUUCUCUGUCCCAAAAGAGGCAUAAAUGGAAAGACAGUGCCUGUACAGUGCUUUGGAGGUCGCCUCACAAGCCCAUGUAUCCUCUCCUGCUUCUUGUGUUGGAUGUAUUAUAGUGUAAUCCCAAAACGUGACAAGGGAGAGGCUGGCAUGCUGGAGGAAGGCUGGAGAUUUUCCUGCGUGCCAGAGAGGGUUUAAAGAGAGUCAGAGGAAGAUGGACUCGCACGUUGAACAUGCCUUUCUCAGAGGACCGUUGCAGUGACCUCAGUGGAGCUGGAUUUUCAACCUUUCUUCAUCGCUGACAAAACAACCCAAUCAACAGCAGUAUGAUGUUUAACAUGCAUCUUCAUCUCACACAGCUGGAUCUUCAUGCAGAAUCCUUUACCCACUAAAGAAUCUUUACCUUAAAUGCGACCAAAAACAGGAAGCGAAUUACUAUCUUGGCUGACACGUACCAUCAUAUUCACUUGUUCUUACUGAACUCCUAUUUGCUUUGACAGCCAUAUUAGCUUUUUCCUGAUUUUCUCACACAUAGUAUAUACUCAAAACCAUACAAGCACGUGCAAACAACAAGAAAACAAAACACAUGCGCAUUUUAACUUUUGGUUUACUUUGAACUUACGUCACCACUUUCUGGCAUGCGGCCUGAAACUGGGUUUAAUUUGGAGACUUAGAUGUUGAGCAAACAUUUGCAUGUUUCUAAAUAAUAAAUGAAGAGCACUUGAAAGAUUGUGACUCAACAUGCUGUCUGCUUAAAGGAUUGCUGGUUUUCUGUAUUUAAAGAGCACGCACACAUUACUUCUAACAGACUGGAACCUUAUUGAUGCUUUAUGCCAUUUUCAUCACUUAUUAUGAUUCUUUGUAAUUCGCUUCCUGUUCUGCAUUAUAUUUUCCCUUUUGCAAAAAGAUCUUAGUUUGCAUGCAAUGAAACGCAAUGCACAUGUAGAAAGAUAAUAAUAAUUGGGGAGGAGGAGCAUUGUUUAUAACCUCAAAACAUGCUACAAUUUUCAUGGUGCUUUAUUUUACAGCUGUUCAUGUAUUUUGAGAGAGCCAUAGCAAAAUGGAGUUUCUGUUUUAACUGAACAUUGGACCUCGGAUUACCAGCAAACCUGGCCUGGCAAGGUGAACAUUUUUUCAGUGCUGCUGUAAAUACUUUGUACAUGCCAGCCAGUCAUAGGAAGAUCCAAGACUUCUAACCACAAGGAACUGACAGUCCAGCUUGUGUGUGUGUGACUGGGUUCGCCGUGCGAAUCGUCCCAGCUUGUCUCCAUUUCUUAUUUCUAUAGAGGUGUAUUAUUUUGUUACAUUAUAAAAUACCAACUUGUGGUUGGUUUGUUGCAGCAGUCUCAUAUUGGUGGGGGCCACUGCAGCAAUGGGGGUGCCAUAGAAACCAAUUUAGUAGUGGCCAGUAAUAAAAUAAGGUGGUGCAUAUCUAUGACAGAAACGUGUCUGUAAUGUUUGAGUCUUUCAAGAGGCUCCUGCUGGAUUUAAGGUCUGACAAACGAUAUUCAUUUCAGUACGACAGGCGAUGUAAACUUUGAUCCCGCAAAAAAAUGUAUGAAUGUUGCUAUUGAAUACAGCUGAGAAUGACUAAUUGCUUGACGCACCAAUCCAACAUGACUGCAUUAUUUGUCUAUCUGACAAGAUCAUGUAACCUUAACUGUGACAACUUGGGACACAUGGGAUCUGUUGAAGAACUUUGGACUUUUAAAGCCCAUUCUCCAUUGUGUUCCUCUGCUGUUAUGGAUUUUGAUGCUGCGUUGGGUCAGACCCUGCUGGGGAUGGCCUGGUUUAGUCUGAAUACAUUUCUCAGUUUUCCUGUUUUCUACCAGCCGCAAUCUAGCUGUAAUAUUUAUUUUUCUUCAUAUAUGUACUUGGUCUUGUAUUGUGAAUAGGUCUGCCCGGUGGCAGAAGACUAGUCUGUCGCCGCUUUGUCACUUUACUGUUUAUGCAAGCAGGAGAUUGUAUGCAAACAAUAAAUUCCCCCCCCC